AUGACGAUGAAACGUAUUCAACCAGAUUGGUCAUUUAAAAUUUUACUUAUUGGUGAUAGUGGUGUUGGUAAAACAUGUUUAAUGUUUCGAUUUGCUGACAACAUGUUUGCUGAAUCAUUUACACCUACAAUAGGAAUUGAUUUUAAAAUAAAAACAUUACGUGUACGAGAUAAAACAGUUAAACUACAACUAUGGGAUACAGCUGGUCAAGAAAAAUUCUUCAAUAUAACUCGAUCUUAUUAUCGUAAUGCUGAUGCAAUAAUUCUUGUUUAUGAUCGUACAGAUGCAAGUUCAUUUCAAAAUAUAGCACGAUGGAUGAGAAAUAUUGAUGAAAAUGCUCCUGAUGAUGUUGUACGAAUAUUAGUUGGUAAUAAAAGUGAUCUUCAUGAUCGUCUUAUUGUAUCAACACAUGAAGGAAAAUUAUUAGCUGAUAAAUUUCGUGUUGAUUUUUUUGAAACAAGUGCAAAAUCUGAUACAAGUCCAACUGUAUCAAAAAUGUUUUAUUUUCUAACAGAAAAAUUACUUGAUCAAAAACAAGAAGCUGCUUUACGUGAACAACAAUCAACAUCAAUACAUCAAACAGGAAAUAUUAGUUUAACAAAUAAUUCAUCAGAAUCAACGUAUGGAAAAUUACUUGGUUGUUGUUCAUCAACUAGGACUGUCGAUGAUUGA